UCGUUGCAAGUUGCGUGUUUUCGACGCUCGGCGUUUGCGUCACCUUGCUUAUUGCUACCUCCUAGGAACCGUGCCUUUUCCCUGACUGAUUGUUUUAGUUUCUUCUUCCAUACGCAGUGGAAUUACUAUUUAUUCCCUCGGUUUGUUUCACUUUUGGAUGGAGUGUUGAAUGAAUGCGCUAUAAAGAAACCUGGUAUUGAUUCAGCAGUGUAGUGCGACUUCCAGUUGUCGAAAGCAAGAAGAUAUACAGUAACACCUAAAGUGGAAAUUAGGUUGAUUUUAAGCCUGAAUCGCACCACGGCCCGGCCAUGAACUACGGACGGAAGACACCGUCGACCUACAGGUCGACACCAUCGGUAUAUUCACAUAUCACAAGCCGAUCGCAGUCCAACUUGCACUCACAACGAUCUAAAUCGUUGAAAUCACUGCGAAUACCAUGGUACCAGAAGCCCAUCUUGCACAACAACAAAUACAUGGACAUACAACGAGGUGCCAUCAUUACUGGAACGUUUUCAAUUUUCGUCGCAUUAUUCACAAUCAUAACAGCCAUUUUUGACAUUUACUGUCUGGCGAUGGCCGCUCCAGGAUCAACACACUACGGAUACUAUGUAAUUUCAUACGAGUUUGUCUACGUGGGAAAUGUUCACGUUCGAAAUGCUCUCAUGAUUGCCGCACUGUUUUCCCUGAUAGGUGGUUUGGUAGUUCUGAUAACCAGUAUUAUGCUGGUUCACGCCCUGCGUAAGGAGCACGAGAAUAGAAUCGUCCCGUGGCUGUGGACAUUUGCACUUUUCACAUUAUUCCGGUUCUUAGCUCUGCUGCUGUUUUCGAUUGUCAACGACCUUAUCUUUGCGUACAACAUUUUGAUAACUCUGAUCUGGAUCCUGAUCGUUCUGGCUUCCGUGUACGGAUGGAUGAUGGUGUAUUCACUGUACCUGGAGUUGGCCGAUCUGACCAAGUUGGAAGAUCUGGCCCAUCUACGCAUGGGUACCAUGCAAUCGCUCAACGCUUCGGUAGCACACUCAUUGGCAGGAUCUCGCCCUACGACUCCGCACAGUACAGUCUCUACGAUGCCCGUAGGGGGCGUAGUUUAGUGUGAACAACGUACACGCUCUAGCCAUGGCCAGAAGAUCGGUAAGAUUGCUGUAAAACGAAUCUAUAAUUUAAGUGACGAACCCGCACUUGAACGUAACAAUAGCAGUUAAGUCCGUCCAAGAAUUUAGGUGUUAGAAUUUAUUAAAUAUUCCAUGUACGUUUAAUCCAGAAGUAUUAACGUUGUCAGUGAAACAUAAAAUAAAAACAGAUGUGUAUAGACGUGCCUUUUCUAAUGAAUAUCAUGUUACUACAGCCGCCUUAAAGUAACGCUAAAAAUCUAUUUAAAAGAUUUUGUUAGUUCGAUAAGUCAAAAAAUCAUACAAUAAACGAAA